AUGGCGCUCGAAAAGAAGAAUACAAUAGUCGUCGGCAAGCACCGCAAGCUCCUAAUCUAUACAGCUGCUGCCAUGAGACUGGAGGUGGACAUGAAGUUGUAUGACACUAUGGCCUCAAGCAGAAAGCCGGAAGUACAGUACACUUUGAUCCAACUAAGAGAGUUGCUACCUCAGGCUAUCGGAGACAUCAGUAAAGACGAUUUCAAAAACCAGAUACCGACACAUCUUUUCGGGGAGAGCAUCAACAAAACGUUCAAAGGCAAGACAGUGCAGCAAGUCCUGGAGAUGGCAAGAGAUCUCCAGAAAUCGCUGAGCUUGCUGGUGCAGCAGUAUCCGAUAGAUCAAGAUCCAACCUGGUAUAGGCAGUAUUAUGGGAUGGAGUUUCGAUCGAUGGCCGUCACAGCGGUUCCGGUUGGCUUUCUUCCUGCGAAGCCUAAUGAGAUACACCACAUCUUAGUGUACGCGCGAGCGGACACAAAAGACAAUAUAACAUUUGUUGACUCUGUUCAUCGGCAUGUCCGCAUUCAGGAUAUAUAUUUCUUUGGAAAGGCUCGCGAAUUGGAUUAUGUCAGUGAAGCCAAAUAUCGUCGCGAUGUUGGCAUGGCUUUAUCGCGCAUGCACCGAAUGAACCCCGCCCCUGCAAGCUUCGCCGAGAUUGACAUGGUUCGUAAUGAUCUACGGAGAGUGCCUGUGCUGGUCAAGGAAAUCAAGAUACGCGGUGAACUUGGCAAUAUUUCAAACCAAGAGAUGGAAUUCUACCAAGAGCGGCGCAAUGACCUUCGCGGAAGCGUCUUAGGGAUAGUUCAGCCUUUCUUGAGAGUUAUCGAGGGCGACGAGCGCGCCUUCCUCGCGUUAAUCGUCAGAUCUAUGGCGAUACUCAGAGGCAUUAUGGAUACUAGUGAGGAGGCGGCAACUCGAAUUUCCAGUGGUUCGACCGACCGUUGGCUGUGGAUUACCAUGCGGCAGGCAGUGAAUCUGACACACGCUGAGCCGACGUUUCGAGUAUGGCAUACGCAGGAUGACUGGAUCAAGUGGGCUAUUGAAGAAGCAAACCCAACAUCUGGAUGGAACGAUAUCAUGACCUUAUGUCCAGCCGCCGCUUCUGAACCGUUUCAGACCCCGACAGACUCUAGACGCACCCUUCUUCUUGGGUACUUGUCUUACCAAUAUGCACCUAACCCCACGAGCAAACGAGUAUUCCGGCGAUUAGAGCCCAUAUGGACCACGAGUUAUGUCAAAUGUAUGCAAGAGCUAUACCCUUCCACAGUCAAGCAUAGGCCUCCCCCAGUGGUGAGCCAGAUUCCGGAGACUAUACCGCCUCUAAAGAAUGGUAACCUCGACCGUGACUUCAUGACGACGCAUUACAACAACCUAGUCAGUAUAUAUGCGGAUGGACGACCUGAAGGUGCACUUUACAUAAUCUUAAAUCUUCUUCACGAGAUACACAACGCAGUUUUGAAAGGUAACCAAAGCCGAUUUGGGUAUCUAGUCUCACUCUACAAUAAGUGGUCAGAAAAUGGGAGCCUGGAAGUAAGCAUGGGCACACAUGGCUUGACACACGCGCAUGAAGAGCAGCUACGCAACGAUUACUUGAGGAGCCAAAACAAGCUUCCGCUUGGAACUUCUGUUUACACUCAUGAGUCACCAAAGGAGGCCUUACGUAGGCGCGCUGGCAAGAAAUUGCGAGAUAACCGGAUCAGGAUGGACCCUACGACCUACGAGCUUUUAGACAAAGACGGAAGGCAUCCGGUGCCUACCGAUCCAAGUCAUGGAUUGGGUCUAGGUGCUCUUACGAAUGAAAAAUCUGAGCACUAA